GGAGCUUGACAAAUCAAGAUGGCGUCCCACGCUGAAGCAGGAAAGAGAUUUCAGUAUAAAUAAAACUCAUUCGGAGAACAGUUUAAAUUUGAGUGCCGCCUCGACACGACGUCGUUUGGAUUUUGAAAGAACGAGACGGAGCAGACACAGGGUCUCUAAAUGGCUGCGAGGAAGUCUGGAUCAGAUGCAUACAACAAUGGACCCAUCAGCUACCUUGAUGACGUUCCCUUCAAGAUCAAUGACAAAUUCCGCUGCCCAGCCAAAGUGGGGCUGCCUGUUGGUUUCUGUCUCCCAGACUGCGGCUCUUUGCUAGUGGACUCACAGUAUGACUUUUCUCUGGAGAGGCGUAGUGUGCGAUGGGGAGUUGAACUGGCUGAGGCGAGAGCAGCAGAAGCGAGAGCAGAAGAGGCAGCGGCCAAGCAGGAGGCAGAGAGCAGGGAGUGCUUGGCACAGGCCCAAGACAUUGAUGGUGGUCGAGGAAAGAAACCUGGGUCUGCUGCAGAGGACCAGGACCUUCUACCACCUGCGCUGAACCCCGUCCUGGCGGGGCUGAGCCAUAAUGCCAUCCUCACUCCACUGCCUGCCCCAAGCCUUGGGCCAAGGAAAACCCAGCCUAGCACUCCCCAGCCGCACAGCCUCAACCUAGCUGACUUUGAGCGGGAAGAGGACCCCUUUGACAAGCUGGAGCUCAAAACUUUGGACGAUAAGGAGGAGCUUAGGAGCAUCCUCCAGAGCCAGCCACAACCUCAACCUCCUCCCUCUGUAUCCCCACCAGAGGUUUCCCAGAUAGGGUCACGUGGGAACAGCCCAUCUCCUCCCAGCACCAACACCAGCAUCACAGCUAAACCUGGCUUUACUCAUAAACCCAAUGGGUUGGUUGCCUUGCUGGACAUGGACAGAGUUGGGCAGCCUGGGAGAACAGGGUUUGACGCAGAUGAUCGACCCUGUAACAUCCGCUCUCUCACUUUUCCCAAGCUCUCUGACUCUGGUGAUCCAGAGCCAGUAAGGUACAGCCCAGUCCCUACAGCUGUCCCCGCUCCCCGACAGAACCUACCCAACGGCAGCCCACCGACCAUCCCCAAGACCCAAGUUAUUGUUGCUCCUGAGCCAACCAGCCACACCAAGAGUGGUGCACCAAAACCGGUCAACCCAGGGUCGGGAACUUCUGGUCUGCCAUGUGGGGGCGCCCUGCUCAGCAUGACUCCCAGUGAGCGUCAGUGUGUGGAAACCCUUGUGGGCAUGGGUUACUCAUACGAGGGUGUCCUACGGGCCAUGCAGAGACAAGGACAGAACGUGGAGCAGGUACUGGACUACCUGUUUGUCCAUGGGCGUCUGUGUGAGCGGGGCUUUGAUGCAAGUGCAGUGGAGGAGUGUUUAGAGAUGUACCAAUGCUCAGAGGAAAAGGCGUUGCAGUUUCUUGAACUAAUGUCAAGAUUUGGUGAAAUGGGAUUUCAGCGAGAUGCCAUCAAAGAGGUGCUGCUGGUCCACAACAAUGAUCAGGACAAGGCUCUAGAGGACCUGAUGGCUCGGGCCGCAGCCAGCUGAGCCACACUAACCAGCCAACCAAAGCCCAGCCCAGGGGCUUGCCUCCCGCUACUACCCAACACAGCCCCUUUCCUUCUGCCUACCCUAUCACACCAUGCCCUGCCCUUGCCUUGGCUGUGGAAGGGACAGCUGGGAGACAGUUGUAUUUCUCUCUGUGCUAAAACGUAUUGUGUCUCAGCACUUCUUAAAGACUGUGUGCCUAGAGUGGAGGGGGUCAAAGUGUAACAAUACUUCAUGGUGGUGUUUUUUUUUCUAAGAAACCCCGGGUUACGUUCAAGAAUUUUGUACUGCGAGGGUGUUUCAGAGUGGGAAGACUGACUGAGAUGGAAAGGAAGAAAAUUUGGGCUGUGGUGUUUUAAUGCCAUUCUGAUUUGCUUCCACUUGGAAGUGUUAUCCAGGCAAAGCUGCAGGAGCGAAUGGGAAGCUGGUGACGGGCUCUGAAUUCAUCAAAGAAAGACCAGUUUGAACUCUUGGAGCUCCCAAACAACUACGCUGCCAUCUUCCACUGCUCUGUGCAGACCUAGUAAAUGGUGGCGGGGAUCGGGAGCCUCGAGGAGGCUCUCUUUAAACUGAACCAACUAAUAUUAAAAGUCAAAAAGGAAAAAAAACAACAAACAAACGGCCCAGUCGUCAGACAGACAACUGACUCUCAAGAAGUGCCCUCUCUGCUCUGGUGCCCUGCACCUAGUUCUGUUGUAUGUUAUUCUUUCAUUCAUUCAUGUCUGUUUUUUUUCUGUUCAUUUGGGCACUUUUUCAUGUCACUUUGAAGAUUCCAUUUCUUUUAUUCCUGUUUUAGGAACUACAUAGAUCUUUAGUCACCAUUACUCAAACCAUAAGAGAUACUACUGCCCCAGUACGCUGUUCGACCUGCACUGGAAUGGCCUGUUAAAGGAGUGGGGAGAAAUAGGGGAAGGUUCCUCUGUAGGAAAUGAUAAGAAAUCUCCCACAGCUCACUGGCACAGACGUGUCACAUACUACACAGGCGCACACACUCAUAAUUAUCAACUUAUUUAAAAUAGUACACUGAUUAUUUCAUUUACAAAUAAAGAGUUUGAUAUGAUAAUGUAAGAUAUGUUAACUCACAAAAGUGACGCUUUUAACUGUCAUGGACUUCUGUUUGCAGACUGGAAAAGAGUGAGUGGUUUAAAAGAAAAAAAAAGAAAUGAUGUAAGUGAGGGUUGCUUUAGCAGCCACAUCACAGUGCAAUAGAGACAUUUCAUAUUGUGUGACUGUUGACUGGCACUUUGAGCCUCAAGUAAUUGUCGGGAGAUGAGAAAUGAUUUUCAAGCCUUGCUAGAAAUUUGGAUGUAACUAGGAAAGGUUUGAUUUCAGUGAUCUCCAUCACUUAUUCUCUGUUAUUCAAUUUCAUGCCACAAAAUCUAUUCAAACAUGACUUUGGUUUCUUGA